CGCGUCGGUAGUGUGGACGAACGACUAAGACGCGCGAAUUUUCCUCUUAGAGCGGUAAAUUCAAAUAAAGAAUCGUGCUUCAACUUUUUUAAAAGAAAACCCUGGUUGUGCUUUUCAAGUCUGUGCUUCACAGUGCUGUGUAUUUUUAUUUAUUAAUGUUUUAAUAUAGUGCAUUCUAGAAACAGGUUUUAAUAAUGCCCGCUUACGACAAUCAUGGGGCUACAAUCUCUUUGGAAGACGUGCGGCCUGCUGUUCAGCUGGACUUGGCUGCCAGAAGACGGGAGCUGAAGACUCAGAUAUCAACGUUGACCACCAGGAAAGAGCAGGCAGUGUGCGUGAGGCACGCUUACAAAAGAUACGGGUCCAAGAGCAACCCCAAUGUUAUCCUGGACGGACUGAACAUGACAGUCCCAAAAGGUGCCAUAUAUGGUCUUCUCGGUGCGUCUGGAUGCGGAAAGACUACUCUAUUGUCCUGCAUCGUGGGUCGGAGGAGGCUGAAUUCCGGUGACAUAUGGGUGCUGGGUGGAAGACCCGGCAGUCCUGGAAGCGGGGUGCCCGGACCAAGGAUUGGAUAUAUGCCACAGGAAAUUGCACUUUUCGGGGAGUUUUCUAUACGAGAGACUUUCUUAUACUUCGGGAUGAUAGCUGGGAUGUCUAAGGAAGAGAUUGUCAAGAAUGCCAAGUUUCUGGAGACAUUUUUGGAAUUGCCAGAUCCGCAGAGACUUGUCAAGAUCCUGUCAGGUGGACAGCAAAGGCGUGUGUCGUUCGCUGCAGCCCUCAUACACAAACCAGAACUCUUGAUUUUAGACGAGCCCACUGUUGGGGUGGACCCUGUGUUGCGACAGAACAUAUGGGACUACUUGGUGGACAUCACAAAAGGACGACGCACUACAGUUAUAAUCACGACUCAUUACAUCGACGAAACUAAACAAGCCAAUGUUAUUGGGCUCAUGCGUGGAGGACGGUUCCUCGCGGAGCAAUCUCCAGCGGAGCUGAUCCGACGGUACCAAUCGGAGACCCUGGAAGAUGUGUUCCUGAAGCUGGCUGUCAUCCAGAACAGGGGAAAGAGGAGGCGUUCCAGCAUCUUAGCUGAUGUAGUGGACAAGGUUGAAAUACCUGCGACAGCGAACCCAGCACCACAAGCGGAAGAAGCAGAAAUUGGGGAGAUAUCUGGGGAAUUCGGUGAUAAUGUAUCCAUGAGCAGUAAAGGCAGGGUCGUAGUAACUCCCGACUGUUCACCGGUUGAAAUGCCUCCAGAGGAACAGCGCAAUUUCACAAUCUACGAGAAAUACAACCCACUGAAGUGGAAUCACAUGAAAGCACUGGUUUGGAGGAACGCUCUGGGACUAAUCAGGAAUUAUGGGUUGUUAGCUUUCAUCAUAGGAUUACCGAUGCUUCAAAUGGUCCUGUUUUGCGUUGCCGUUGGCCGGUAUCCCGACGAUUUGCCCAUUUCAGUCAUAAACUACGAGGUGAACAGCACAGAUGUACUCUGCGACUUCAACCGGGGAUGCGCCCAGAAUCCUGAAACUUGGGAAUGGGAUAUGUCAAAUUUCAGCUGCAGAUAUCUACAUUAUCUCCACCAGCGGCAGAGGAAUUUGCUGUAUUAUCCAACUACUGAGGCAGCUUUGGCGGACGCAAAGAACGCUAAAGCGUGGCUAAUCAUCACCUUCCCGUCCAACUUCUCCGAAAGCAUACGACAGAGGAUGGUGGACAGCCGGGACAUAGACAAUGCGACCAUAGACACUUCAAGCAUCAAAAUGCACAUGGAUAACGUCAACAAGCAGAUUAAGUGGAUGUUGAAGAAAGACCUUGCCGAGGCCUUCGUGGACGUUUUGACCAACAUGACUGUGGCGUGUGACCUUCCAGAGAGAGCAUUGGCUAUUCCUGCUCAUAUACACGAUCCUAUUUACGGUUUGAAAAUGCCAAAUAUGACUGAUUUUGCUGCGCCAGGUGUCAUUUUAACGGUAAUAUAUUUCUUGGCUGUGGCAUUGACAUCGGGAGCUUUGCUAUCAGAAAGGAACGAAGGUACCCUGGAGCGAUCACUUGUGAGCGGUAUAACUAGUGUGGAGAUCUUGUUUGCCUUGCUGAUAGUGGAGCUGGUUGUGAUGUUCCUCCAGACAGUAGGUGUCAUGAUCAUCGCGUUUUUGGUGUUCGAACUCAGUCAGAACGGUCCCAUAGGAUGGGUUGUCUUCCUGACAUUCCUAGCUGGAAUUUGUGGGAUGACUUUCGGUUUCGUCGUAGCAACUCUUUGUGAUACAGACAAGACUGCAACCUAUAUGGCCUUGGGAUCCUUCUUGCCUAUGACUUUAUUGAGCGGCGUGAUCUGGCCUAUAGAAGGUAUGCAUGACAUCUUGAAGGCUAUAAGCAUCGUGUUGCCAUUAACGAAGAGUACUGAAGGUCUAAGAUCGAUGCUUCAAAAAGGUUGGGGCAUAGACCAACCGGACGUUUACUUGGGCUUUGUGAUCAUAAUAGCUUGGAUAUUCUUGCAUCUAACAGCGAGUAUAUGCCUCCUUAGGUUUAAGAAAGGGUGAAAUUGCUAAGUUUCGGGCAAUAAAAAAAUGCAACACAUGACUCCUACAUGUUACAUAACAUCACAUGUUACAAAGCAC